CACUGACUGGCAUUAUUAGAUUGCACUGACUGGCACUGAUAGGUGACACUGAAAGGCAGCUCAGAUGGGCACUGAUAUGUGGCAUUGAUGUGCACUGGUAGGCACUGAUAUGUAGCAUUGAUGAGGCACUGAUGGGCACUGGCAGGUGGCAUUGAUGGGCACUGACAGCUGGCACUGAUGGACACUGACAGGUGGCACUGCUGGGGCUACACUGAUCAUCAGGGCACACUGAUCAUCACUGCCUUGAUGAUCACUGUCAGCAUGACAGCUCGUGAGGAGAGAAAUGCCGAUAACCGGCAUUUCUCUAUUUGGACACAGCUGAUCACAUGAUCGAU